GGGAUAUUCACAACCUCUUAAUUACUGGUUUGCAGCCUCAUAAUUAGUAUAAGGAAAGAAAGAUGUUUGGUUUUACGAAUAACCCUUUUUUUGGGCAGUCAUCUAGUAGUCCAUUUGGGUCCCACUCGAGCAAUGCUACAGCCAAUAAUGGUUUUGGUGGUCAAACAGGCAGUUCCACCAUAUUCGGUGGUAAUUCAUCAACUGGUGUUUUUGGUGUAGCCCAAUCUUCAUCUUCUUCUUCUUCACCAGCUUUUGGAGCCCAUGAGUCCACAACACCAACAACAACAACAUUUGGUUGUUCUGGUGGUGGCCAACGUGGUGGGGGAAGCCGAAUGACAUGUUAUGCACCAACAACACCUGAACCAGAUAAUGGUGGAGCAGUAGCACUAGGAAUGUUAGUGUCAAUAUCAGCCAUGCCUGUUUAUAAACAUAAAAGCCAUGAGGAGCUGAGAUGGGACGACUAUCAGUUGGGAGAUAAAGGUGGAGCAGUACCAGUAGUAGAAAAGUUAGAGUCAAUACCAGCCAUGCCUUUUCAUAAAGAUAAAAGCCACGAGGAGCUGCGAUGGGAUAACUAUCAGUCGCGAGAUAAAGGUGCUGAUACUUCGUCUUCUCGGAUAAACUUUCCUUCACCAACAUUAACAUUGGGUCAAACAUCAACUCCAUCUCUGUUUCCCAAUUUAAAUGCUCCAAAGCAGCAGUCUCCAGGUAGUUUUACAACUUCACUACAAUUUCCUCCCUCCACUGCAUCUCCAUCAUCAUCAUCAUCAUUUGAGCAAUCAGUGAUUACUCCUACUCCUACUCCAGUUCAAGGAUCAAUCCCUUCAUUUGAAUUCAAUUCUAGCAUCUUCAACCCCUCCUCUACAACUUCAAUUGGACCACGUCCCCUCCCACUCAAUGCUGCUCAGUCGUCUUCAUCGACUACACAGUCAAACUUCCUUUCGGCUUCUUCACCAACAUUAGCUGGUCAAACAUCUUCAACUCUGUUCUCUAAUCUAUAUUCUCCAAAAACUCAACAUGGUAGUUUUACAAAUCAUAGUUUUACAACUUCAGUAGAAUUUCCAUACAGUUCGUCUCCAUCAACAUCUGUUUCACCAUCGACAUUUGUUUCAUCAAGCCCAACGUCGUUGAUUGUGCAAUCAAUUGGACCAACUACAACUAGUAUCUUCAAUCCCUCUACAACUUCAUUUGGAAAAACUACCUCUUCUUUUAGGCCAACUACAACUUCUUCCUUUGUCCCAUCAAAAAUAUUCCACAGUGACUAUCCUUCUACUGGAUUGGUAAACAUGUUCUGGGGCACUCCAUCAGUAAGUACUAACAUGUUUUCAAGCACUCCAUCACUAAGUGCUUCUUCACCCUCCCAAUCUCUAAUUUUUGGUGAGAAUAACUUUGAACAAUUGUCUGCCACUAAAAGCUCUGCUGUUAUACAGCCAAACCCAACACCAGUUGCAACAAAUCCAUUUGGCACACUACCAGCAAUGCCUCAAAUGUCAAUUAAUGAUCAUGGAGUUCAAUAUGGAAUAUCUAGCAUGCCUGUAUUAGACAAACCUGCUGUUGCAGCUCCUGCUAGAAUAUCAUCAUCAUUAACUUCUCAACUACACUUAUCACAAAGGCGGACCAGGUGGAUGCCUGCAACCAAAUAUCAUCCUAAGAAUGAUGGUCGUCCAAAGUUUCCAUUUUUCAGUGUUAUUGUUGAUGAAGAAACAGACUACAUACCAAAAGAACUUGUCAUUUGUCCGAGGGAUAACCCAAGAGCAUUUAUCACUUGUCAGUUGAAUUCGACUUUUGACAAGGCAUCCCCGAUAAAGGAUGCUACUUGUACACCAAUGGAGGAGAAUGGAAAUAGUUUUGAAGCUGCUUCUGCUAUUGUGGUGUAUGAGCAUGGUGCUGCAGAUAUUGAUGCAUUAAUGCCAAAGCUGCGACCAGGCUCUGACUACUAUACAGAGCCAGGAAUCCAAGAAUUGGCAACCAAGGAAACCAGCGGCAGAGGAUUCUGCUGUCACGUCAAGGAUUUUGUGAUCGGACGACAUGGUUAUGGUAGCAUCAAAUUCUUGGGUGAGACAGAUGUGAGAAGGCUUGAUAUGGAGUCGCUAGUUCGGUUCAACAACCGGGAGGUGAUUGUUUACAUGGACGAUUCGUUUUUGUGGCGUAGUGGGCUUUUCAAUCCCCAAAUACCAUAUGGACUUCUGUUAGCACAAGUUUUGUUGAAAAUUAUUUUUGCUAUAAGAGACCGUGUGGUGAUUAUCUUUCUUGCUUGGGAUUGA